GGUCUCCGAUGAAACAAUAAACGACCAACAAGACGUAAAAGGCCGAAAGCAAACAGUGAUUGUAUCCGAUAAGCUCACCCUGGUUGCACAGCGAUUCUCCGUUCACUCUCCCUCUAUGGCCACCGCCACAGUCAACCUAUCUCUAGUUCGCGCUUCCCCCUCUCUUCUUUUACGCUCCCCUCGCUCUCCCCCAAACGCCCCUAACCUUUUACUCUAUUCACACCCUAAACCCUGCCUCACUGUCUCCUCCGUUUAUCUGAAAUCCAACGCUGCAGCUAAACCUCGCGCCUUAACAAUCGCUUUAGCUCAUAAGAAACUAUUGGAAACGGAAAUUGUCCCUGUGCCUCCGGCAUCCGAGGAACUUUCCGGAAAUUUUCCUUCCGAUGCCGGCGUUUACGCCAUCUACGACAAGAACGAGGAGCUUCAGUUCAUUGGCAUAUCGCGGAACAUUGCGGCGAGCGUUACUGUGCACCAGAAAUCGAUGCCGGAACUCUGCUGCUCAGUCAAGGUCGGGGUGGUAGAUGAUCCUGACAGAACAGCUCUGACCCAAGCUUGGAAAUCAUGGAUGGAAGAACACAUAAAAGCCACUGGAAAGGUCCCGCCAGGUAAUGAAUCAGGGAACACCACCUGGGUCCGACAGACACCAAAGAGGAAGCCUGAUCUUCGGCUGACUCCUGGCCGCCAUGUUCAGCUGACGGUCUCACUGGAGGAACUCAUUGAUAGGUUGGUAAAGGAAAACAAGGUGGUGGCCUUUAUCAAGGGUUCCAGAAGUGCACCAAUGUGUGGAUUCUCGCAGAGGGUGGUUGGCAUCCUUGAAAGCGAGGGAGUUGAUUAUGAAAGUGUUGACGUGCUCGAUGAAGAGUAUAAUAAUGGAUUGAGGGAGACUCUGAAGAAGUAUAGUAACUGGCCCACAUUUCCGCAGAUCUUUGUGAAUGGUGAAUUAGUUGGGGGUUGCGAUAUUCUGACUUCCAUGUACGAGAAGGGUGAACUUGCUAGUUUUUUCAACAAGUAAUUGUCAAAUUUCUCAGCAAUUGGUCUUCUUGUAAUGCGAGGUGGUGCAGGAGAUCAGGGACGAGAGAAUGCGACUAUGCAUGUGGUAAUUGAGGUCAGAGUAUGGUUGAUUACUAAACAGUGUGGCGGAUGUUAGGCACAUACUAGAAAAGCUGUAUCAAAGAGAGAACUGUUCAAAUUUAGUAAGGUAGAGCCGAUUAAGCAUCGACAGAAAAUAUUUUCUGCCUGGAUUUCCUCUCUGGAUUA